AUGGAGUCAUCACAGUACUUGAUCAACUUGAGGAACAGAUAUAAUAAACCAACUAUUGAGGAACCUCCAACACCAAAGGAGUUAACUCAGCCAUUCUAUCAUACAGCACAGGACCUGUUGGCGAGAUUAGAGCAGCUCAAGCAGUUGGGCAACGAUAGUUAUGCCAAACAUGACAUGUGGUUCGCAAUAUCAUACUACUCGUUGGCAUUGCAGUGUUAUGAUCAACAUCUACAACACUCAGAUACAAUCAAUAAUAUAGCAUCAUCAUUGGACGAGAUGACCGCAAUCAAGAAGCUGGCAUCGAUCAUCGCGUCCAAUCUAUCACUUUCACUCAACAAACAAACAUGUACACCCGAUGCGGUCACAGCGGCACAGAUGGCAAUCGACUUUGAUCCGACAAACGUCAAGGCCAUCAUCAGAUUGGCAACCUCGCUGACUCAGCUUGGCAAGCUGGAGCAGGCCAUCACACACCUGAGGCAAGGCUUGGUCAUCGCCACCAACGCUCAGAGCACAGACCUACAGACACACAUCAAGAAAGUAUUGGACGAUCAUGAACUACAGCAGAAGUCCGAUCAGGUUAACACCGAGUACAUCAAGUCAAAGAUUGCCAAGGACAGGACGUUUGAGCAGUUCCCAAUCAAGAUGGUGUGGGAAGGUAGUGGACCGAAUGGUGGCAGGAAGAUGGUGGCGUCCAAAGAAGUCCCCAAAGGCACUGUUAUGCUGCGUGUGGCUCCAUUCGCCGCAGCAAUACAUGAUGGUGCUAUCGAAAAUUAUUGUUCAAGCUGCUACAAAGCCCUCCAAUAUAAUCACAGAAUAUUCAAUUGCAUGAUGUGCGGUAGGAAGCUUUGUGGGACAUGUCAGUAUGACGAUGUUGUCCUUCGGGAUCAUGCUGAAGCAUGUAGCUACUUUUCCAGACCAUCGAUUCAUGAAACAAGAGGAUACAACAUGCCCACUCAAAUCGAGGUCGCCGUCAGGACGGCCUUGCGAGCUGUCCAGAACUUGGAUGGCAACGCCAACAAGCAGAGCACACCGACAUCAUGGCGCAAAGAUGGCAAGCCAUUCAUCUACGAUUCAUUCGAGGACAUGAAGGCAUUGCUGAACGAAUCACACAGCUUGGACCACGACGAGGAGGCAGAGUAUCUCAAAUGGGCCAACAAUAUAACGAACAAACUCAAUAAGAAGAAGGGAGCAUCAUUCCUGGCGCGACUCGACAACCAGUUCAUCUUGAACAUGUUGCGUAGGAUGGUUUGCAAUGUCAUUGAGAUGACCGACCUGUUCCAACAAACACCCGUCGGGUUUGGCAUCUUCCCCAGCGCGGCAUUCAUCAACAAGAGAUGUGUGGCCAAUGUCAACUCAUACCUGGAUAACUACGGCAUGAUGGUCUAUCGAAGCAACCAGGCGAUCAGGGCAGGCGAGGAGGUCACCCAGACCAAUUACGAUCCUUUGCUUCCCAUGUGGCAGAGACGUCAGAGGAUGAUCAAGGAAUACAAUCAAUACUGCGAGUGCACUCGAUGUGCCACGUUCGAGGACAGAGAGCAUCGAUGUCCAAAGUGUGGUCAGGCAGUGGGCAAGCGCAACAUCUCGAUAUGGGAGCCUCAGCCAUCAGUCAACUUUGAUGGACGAGUGUACCUGUGCAGCAAGGGUCACGCGACAAUGACCGCCAUCUACAAUGUACUGGAGAAGAUGGUGGAUAGUGCGGUGAUGGAGCAUGAUGCAUUGGCCAAGGUCACCAUUCCAAAGUACAUCCAGAAGGAUGGACUGAUGUGGAACAAAUUCCAACGAGAGCUCUGCGAGUAUCACACGAAGAAGUCUCGCAUCCCCGAGAUGACCCAGUUGACCAAAAGCUAUAUUGCUCUACACGAGGCCACCCUGGGCCGCAAUGCCAAGGACAUCAUACCGAGCUACUACACUGCCAACUAUUUGGCCAUGACUCAGAUGUUGGGUCAUUUUGGUUACAGGAAGGAGAUUGAAGAUAAUUAUAGACAGUUCCGCAAACACCUUGAGGACACCAUCCAGCUGUCCACACAUUAUGCAAGAGAUAUCUUUGACGAUGUGUCUCAUCACAUGACUCAUAAUCAUGAACAUCAUCAUUAG